AAAAAAUUGCGCAGUCUAACUUUAGCCCGACAGAAGAAACAUAUAUAAUAGUUACUUUUAGCACUACAGAUUAACCUGUAUGACAACCGUCAAUCUUCAGAAAUAUUCUGUUGCGUACCAAAUUACAUAUUUUUGUGUACAGAUUUUUAUCGCUUGAUUACGAAGCUAUUUUUAAAAAUAAUACUUUGCCUACGAAUUACACACAUUUAUUAGUCACGUGGUAAAAAAUCGUUACACAAUCGUUAUUUAUGUGGGUAAUUGCUAACCAAGAGGUUAACUUACAUCUUUAAAGAAGGAACAAAAUUCGAAAAUGGCAAUGAUAAUAAACAAUGGUUUCAAACAUUAUGGAAAAAGCGAAAUUGUUCUUGCCGGUGUUGAAAUGAAUGUCGACGUCGGAGAAAUCUACGGAUUAUUGGGCGCCAGUGGAUGCGGAAAAACGACCCUACUAAAAUGCAUCGUUGGAUUGCACCAGCUCGAUUAUGGCAGCGUCACGGUGUUUCAAAAAUCGAAUCCUGGUAAUCUUGGGCGUCUUUGUGGGUACAUGCCUCAGGAGUUCGCUCUGUUGGACACAUUAACGAUCGCAGAAACGCUGAAAUAUUUUGGAAUGCUUUACACCAUGACUUCGGUUGAGAUAAAGGAAAGAAUCGAAUUUCUCAUCGAAUUUCUGGAUUUGCCGGAAAUCAGUAAAUUAGUUCAAGCAUUAAGUGGUGGGCAAAAGAGGAGGGUGUCCUUGGCGGCGGCGAUGAUACACAAUCCCAAACUCCUCGUGCUCGACGAGCCUAGCGUCGGGUUGGAUUCUCUUUUAAGACAAAGGAUUUGGAAAUACCUAUACAAAAUUAGUCGUGAUCAUGGGACUAGCAUAAUAAUUUCGACACAUUACGUCGAGGAGACAAAAUUUUGCGACAGGGUGGGCAUCAUGCGGGGGGGUCGCCUUCUUGCAGAGGACAGCCCAAAUUCCCUACUCCGGACACACAAAACUCCAACCAUUGAGAAACUGGUUUUGAAAUUGUGUCAACACGACCAAAAAGUAUCGAACUUUACCAGAAACUUGCCGAGAUUUAAAUAUCUCAAAGAAGACGAUAUGCUGGAAGCUAUCGUCUUACCGAUGUCACAAGCUCAGAACAUGUCAAUAGAGGCCGCGUCUUCUAAUCUUACUUGGGACAAUGUAUCAAUAAUCUGGGCAUUAAUGUGCAAAUGGUUCCAUCGAAAUCGCAGGGAUUUAAGGAUGCAUUUGCUUCAACUUUGUCUUCCAACGUUAAUUGUGCUCGUAAUGCAACACGUGCUGGGUCCACAACCAAAACGCAUAAAACUAGGUUUGGUGCACAACUCAAACUUGAAUUUUACCGACGCCCCACAAAAAUUCUGUAGUGCAAACAGUUUGUCACAAGAAUGUCUUUCUAACGCGGGGAUUUGCAAUUUCGUUGAUAAAUUAGAUGAAGAUCAAUUCAUUUGGGUUCCUGUAAAUUCUUACGACGAGGGGCUCACAUACAUCAAGCAGGGCAAAACUACAGGACUCGUCGAGUUUCCGGAAAACUAUGUCACACACGUAAAAAACCGAAUGGCUCUUACAAAUUUCGCGGAUAAUGCGACCAUUCUUGGAUCCACGAUAUCAAUUCGAUUAGAUGAAACUGACCGGAUGUUGGCUUUUUGGAUGAGAAAGACAAUUUUUGAAAAGUACAUGAUUUACGCUGGAAAUAUAUUGUCAUCUUGUUCCCUUCCAAGCGAUGUUAGCCGACCUCCACUUCAUUUCCGUGCUAUCUACGGGGCAAUGUUUACUGUGGCACUGCCAAUCGCAGUCAUACACGUGGAGGACAAAAUUAGUGGACUUGUAGAUAGAGACAAUGUGGCCGGAGUGGGUUUUUGGCAUUACCUAAUUGCUACAUUUUUUACCCACAGUUUAACAAUUUUUAUUCAAGUUGGAGCACUUAUGGGAAUAGUGGCCGGCUUUUACGACAUGGUGAUUAAUGGUUCGUGGGUCGUAGCCUUGGGGUUGAUGUACAUGGCGUCAUUUGCGGGACUGUCAGUGGGAUUUCUCAUGAGCGCACUCUGGGAUGGACUUUUGGAAAACAUUUUAGUCCUUCUGUGCAUUUUACUUUCUAUGGUUUUUACAACAGGAAUUUACUGGCCUCUGGAAAUGAUGCCGUGGGCGUUUCGUCAACUGCUCAAGUGCUGGCCGACAACACUCAUGGUGGAAGCGAUGAGAUCAAUUUGUUCUAGAGGAUGGGGAAUUUCAAACGAAAUUGUUGCCGCAGGAUUUAUAUCAGGGGGUUGUUGGAUUUGUGUUUCCUUGCUCAUAACAAUGUUUGCAGGAAGAUGGAGACAUAAAUGAAAUGGGGGAAAUUGUACAUAUCUAAUUAGCUUGUGAUUAGAUAAAUAAUAAAGAAGUUAGUGAAACUAAUUUUAAAUUUAGAAGGUAGAAUUGGUAGAAAGUUAAAUUAAAUAUCUAUCGUCAAUCGUCAUUUGUCGAUGCCAUUGUUUGGUCUAAUAUCCAACACUGGCACAUUAAAUUUUAUAAUUAUACUCUUCAUACAAAGAGUGGUCUGAACCUUACAAAGAUCAGUCUGGAGAACUAAUCAAUUUAAAACAUUAAAUAUUAAACAGAUUAUCUGAAACCCGAAAUUAAAAUGUGUUAAAUUUAGUAAAAUUCGCUCGCAACGUUAAAAAUUAUAGAUAAAUUACAGUAAUCCAUACACUAUUUAUAUAUAAUGAAGUGAAGGAGUUUUUAUUACUAAAUAAAUUUGUUAAAAAACAUUUAGCAUA